CUGCUCAUGCAAACCAUAGAGUACCGGAAAAAAGAGUGAACGGAAGUGUCAGAAGAGGAAAGCGAGUGCAGUUUGGUUCACGUUAAGAUGACAACCUUAGUGCUGGAUAACGGAGCCUAUAAUGCCAAAAUCGGUUACAGCCAUGAAAAUGUGUCGGUAAUUCCUAACUGUCAGUUCAGGUCAAAAACGGCACGUCUUAAAACUUUUACCGCCAACCAGAUAGAUGAAAUAAAGGACCCUUCUGGACUCUUUUAUAUUCUUCCUUUUCAGAAGGGCUACUUGGUGAAUUGGGAUGUUCAAAGACAAGUUUGGGAUUACCUUUUUGGAAAAGAAAUGUAUCAGGUUGAUUUUUUAGAUACCAAUAUUAUUAUCACAGAACCAUAUUUUAACUUCACAUCAAUUCAAGAAUCAAUGAAUGAAAUCCUAUUUGAAGAAUAUCAGUUCCAAGCAGUCUUAAGAGUAAAUGCUGGUGCUCUCAGUGCACAUAGGUAUUUUCGAGAUAAUCCUUCCGAAUUAUGCUGUAUCAUUGUAGAUAGUGGAUAUUCCUUUACACAUAUAGUUCCUUACUGUAGAAGUAAAAAGAAAAAAGAAGCAAUUAUUCGGAUAAAUGUGGGAGGAAAACUCCUAACCAAUCAUCUAAAGGAGAUUAUAUCUUACAGGCAGCUACAUGUUAUGGAUGAAACACAUGUGAUUAAUCAAGUGAAAGAAGAUGUAUGCUAUGUGUCUCAGGAUUUUUAUAGAGAUAUGGAUAUUGCAAAGUUGAAAGGAGAAGAAAAUACAGUAAUGAUAGACUAUGUUUUGCCUGACUUCAGUACAAUUAAAAAGGGCUUUUGUAAGCCAAGGGAAGAGAUGGUGUUAAGUGGAAAAUAUAAAUCUGGGGAACAAAUUCUUCGUCUGGCCAAUGAGAGAUUUGCUGUUCCAGAAAUACUCUUUAAUCCUUCUGAUAUAGGCAUUCAAGAAAUGGGUAUUCCAGAAGCUAUUGUCUAUUCAAUUCAGAACUUACCUGAAGAAAUGCAGCCGCAUUUUUUUAAGAACAUUGUUUUGACAGGAGGAAAUUCCCUUUUCCCGGGAUUUAGAGAUCGGGUUUACUCAGAAGUUCGAUGUCUCACUCCAACAGAUUAUGAUGUUUCAGUUGUGCUGCCUGAAAACCCUAUUACUUAUGCCUGGGAAGGUGGAAAAUUGAUAUCAGAGAAUGAUGAUUUUGAAGAUAUGGUAGUAACAAGAGAAGAUUAUGAAGAAAAUGGACAUAGCGUCUGUGAAGAGAAAUUUGAUAUUUAAGAAACAUUCUGAAUUAAAGUUUUGAAUGGCUGUGAUCGAAAGGUUUAAUUUCAGUGUUCUUUUUAAAGUAGGUUAAAGAUCUGUGUUACCUUUCAUCCUAAGAUUAGAUCUUAAACUUAUGUGAAUACUUUGAUUCUCAGCUAAUUUUCAAAGGUUGCUUAGCUAAGUUAUUACAGUAAACUGUAUCUCAGCUCAUAUUUUCACUUAAGAGUUAGACUACCAUAACAGUGCUUACACUAUUCCUGAGACUAGGUUAUCUUUCAUUAGAAGAGUAAAUGCAUUUUGAAUUUAAUUCUUUAUAGCUGAGAGCGCAAACAUAACUGUCUCACUGGUCAGUUUUCCUUGGAAAGCUGUUUUGUGUUACUAUGAAUAGGGAGGGAUUGGCUAAAAUGUUUUCUGGCUGAUAUAAUUUCUCUUUUAGAACUAAGUAGUUUAUAUAAAAAUUGCCAUUUUCAUUCAUACAUACUAAAGUUGGGAAGACUAAUCUUAUUUGUGUUUAACAUUUGGUUUUUAUUUAGAAUAAAUUGGAAAGGGUGGAAACUAAAGCCAAUGUAUUAAAGUGUUUUUUGAUCAGUA